ACACUACUAUAUAACAAAUAAUUUGAGAAUUGAUAAUGACUGCUGUACUAUGAUUAGAGGAGUCAGACUAACCUCGCUGUGCCGCCAGUACCACCAUGUCAUCGCUAGAACUCUGUCCGAGAAAGCGUCUGAACCAGUCAGUUUUGUAAAAGUAAAUGAAGAUGGGAAAGAUCCGGACUCUUUGUCCAAGAUUGCUGAGGCCCUGUCCGCAAUAAAAGCUGCAAAGCUGGAAAUCGUCGAGGCUAUGAAUCUAAUUGACAAAGAAACAGAGGCUCUCCAAGAGCGUCUUUCUGAGGCGUUAGGUGCAACUGCAACUGGUUUAUCCGAGGCUGCUCAAGCAAUUUCUGCUGCGGCAACCACAGAAGUUGUUGCUGAAGCUGCCGAAGAAAUCUCUGCUGUAGCAACUGAAGAAGUUGUAGCUGAAGCAGCUGAAGAAAUAUCAGCUGCAGCAACUGAAGAAGUUGUAGCCAAUGCCGCGGAAGAAAUAUCAGCUGCAGCAACCGAAGAAGUUGUUGCUGAUGCCGCGGAAGAAAUCUCAGCUGCAGCAACCGAAGAAGUUGUUGCUGAUGCCGCGGAAGAAAUAACAGCUGCAGCAACUGAAGAAGUUGUAGCCGAUGCCGCGGAAGAAAUAUCAGCUGCAGCAACCGAAGAAGUUGUUGCUGAUGCCGCGGAAGAAAUCUCAGCUGCAGCAACCGAAGAAGUUGUUGCUGCUGCCGCGGAAGAAAUAACAGCUGCAGCAACUGAAGAAGUUGUAGCCGAUGCCGCGGAAGAAAUAUCAGCUGCAGCAACCAAAGAAAUAUCAGCUGCAGCAAAAGAAGAAGUUGUAGCCGAUGCUGCUGAAGAAAUAUCAGCUGCAGCAACCGAAGAAGUUGUAGCCGAUGCAGCUGAAGAAAUUUCUGCUGCAGCAACAGAAGAAAUUGUAGCCGAUGCUGCUGAAGAAAUAUCAGCUGCAGCAACCGAAGAAGUUGUAGCCGAUGCCGCAGAAGAGAUUUCAGUAACGGCAACCGAAGAAGUAGUAGCUGAUGCCGCUGAAGAAAUAACAGCUGCAGCAACCGAGGAAGUCGUUGCAGAUGCUGCUGAAGAAAUUUCUGCUGCAGCAACCGAAGAAAUUGUAGCCGAUGCUGCUGAAGAAAUCUCAGCUGCAGCAACCGAAGAAGUUGUAGCCGAUUCCGCGGAAGAAAUUUCUGCUGCAGCAACCGAAGAAGUUCUGGCCGACGCUGCUGAAGAAAUGUCAGCUGCAGCAACCGAAGAAGUUGUAGCCGAUGCCGCCGAAGAAAUCUCAGCUGCAGCAACGGAAGAAGUUGUUGCAGAUGCUGCUGAAGAAAUCUCAGCUGCAGCAACCGAAGAAGUUGUAGCCGAUGCCGCGGAAGAAAUUUCUGCUGCAGCAACCGAAGAAGUUCUGGCCGAUGCUGCUGAAGAAAUAUCUGCUGCAGCAACCGAAGAAGUUGUAGCCGAUGCCGCCGAAGAAAUCUCAGCUGCAGCAACGGAAGAAGUUGUUGCAGAUGCUGCUGAAGAAAUCUCUGCUGCAGCAACAGAAGAAGUUAUGGCUGAUGCCGCGGAAGAAAUAUCAGCUGCAGCAACCGAAGAAGUUCUGGCCGAUGCUGCGGAAGAAAUAUCAGCUGCAGCAACCGAAGAAGUUGUAGCCGAUGCUGCUGAAGAAAUCUCUGCUGCAGCAACAGAAGAAGUUGUAGCCGAUGCCGCGGAAGAAAUAUCAGCUGCAGCAACCGAAGAAGUUGUAGCUGAUGCCGCUGAAGAGAUUUCUGCUGCGGCAACCGAAGAAGUUGUAGCCGAUGCUGCUGAAGAAAUAUCAGCUGCAGCAACCGAGGAAGUAGUAGCUGAUGCAGCUGAAGAAAUUUCUGCUGCAGCAACCGAGGAAGUCGUUGCAGAUGCUGCUGAAGAGAUUUCAGUAGCGGCAACCGAAGAAGUAGUAGCUGAUGCCGCUGAAGAAUUAACAGCUGCAGCAACCGAGGAAGUCGUUGCAGAUGCUGCUGAAGAAAUUUCUACUGCAGCAACCGAAGAAAUUGUAGCCGAUGCUGCGGAAGAAAUAUCAGCUGCAGCAACCGAAGAAGUUGUAGCCGAUGCCGCUGAAGAAAUAAGAGCUGCAGCAACGGAAGAAGUUGUUGCAGAUGCUGCUGAAGAAAUUUCUGUGGCAGCAACGGAAGAAGUUGUAGCCGAUGCCGCUGAAGAAAUAUCAGCUGCAGCAACGGAGGAAGUUGUAGCCGAUGCUGCUGAAGAAAUUUCUGCUGCAGCAACCGAAGAAGUUGUAGCCGAUGCUGCUGAAGAAAUUUCUGCUGCAGCAACUGAAGAAAUUGUAGCCGAUGCUGCUGAAGAAAUCUCUGCUGCAGCCGAAGAAGUUGUAGCCGAUGCCGCCGAAGAGAUUUCUGCUGCAGCAACCGAAGAAGUUGUAGCCGAUGCUGCUGAGGAAAUUCCUACAGCAGCCGAGGAAGUUGUUGCAGAUGCUCCCGAUGAAAUUUCUGUGGCAGAAACGGAAGAAGUUGUAGCUGAUGCUGCUGAGGAAACCUCUGCUGCAGCUGAAGAAGUUGUAGCCGAUGCUGCUGAGGAAAUCCCUGCUGCAGCUGAAAAUGUUGUAGCUGAUGCUGCUGAAGAAAUAACUGCUGCCGAAACCGAAAAACCCGUCGCCGAAGAAGUUAUCGAAACUAUAACUGAAACCACUAAAAAGGUUGGAGAAAAGGUGGCUGAAAAGUUGGUUGCUGAAGCAGUAACUGAUGUUAUUAAAGAAACUGCAUCAAUCGCUGCGGCUGAGGUGGCACCAGAAGCAGCACCAGAAGCAGCACUUGAGGCGGCACCAGAAGCGGCACCAGAAGCAGCACCAGAAGCGGCACCAGAAGCAGCACUAGAGGCGGUACCCGAAGCAGCACCAGAAGAUGCCGUACAAGACGCAGAUUUCACAGCGAUAGAGGAGGAAUCAGCGGCAGGGGUGGAUGAUACCGUAGUGUUGGAGCCUCUCAGUCCACUUCAACCGGUUGGAGAAGCAGCUCUCGCCAGGAUAUCUGCCAUCAACGAUGCGUACAGCACCCCUGUAGGAUAUCACCUUCCCAUGGGAUUCAAGGACUUCAUCACCAUGAAGAAGAGUCUUAAGAUACGACAGCUUGCAAUGGCCUGGUCAGGGUUUGGUGGAGGUGUUCUUGGUUACGGAGCUCUUUCCUAUACUUGGUUCCCGGAAUACUUUGGCCCCGAGCCAACUAUGAUCAUGGGUUUUGACUCCCUCGUUAUGAUAGGAGCGGGUACGGUAACCCUCUCCAUUUUAACGGGAGGUUCUCUCUUUUACCUCACCUCCAAAACAUCUUUACUCCUCUCGAGACGAAGCAAGCAGUACAAUGAGAGAUUGCUGGAUUUCAACAGGAGGGUGAACUUUCACCGCUGCAGCUCUAGUACUAGCUUAUCUGACGAUUAUUAUGGAGAGAAGAUCUUGGAUCUUACUGACUAUAGAUUCUGGGUGAGAAAUCAGCAGGAAAAGAAAAAAGAACUCGCAAAACCAAAGAAAUCGCUCUUCAGCAAGAAGAAUUAGAAACUAAGACUCGGGGAUGAAGAUUGGACUAAAUUCACACCACGUGAGCGCAAUUAUAUUGGUCACGUGUUAGACUCAAGUGAGCUGUUUAUACUGAGUAUAUCAGAUGGUAACUAUGUUAAUUACUAUAUGGUAGCUAAGCAGGGAGGGGUUCCAAUGGGCCUCUAAUUAAGAGGUGCAAUGUGAGUUUGAUCCCCAACGUUAAUUAGUGAAAUUGUGGAGUCACCAUCAAUUAAGCUGGCUAACAUUCACCUGAGUUUUAUAUAAACCGUUUUGUUAUAAGAACGGAAAUGAAGGCUUCGUCGAUAGCUUCAUCAGUAAUUAUCAUAAUCAAGAAAUUAACAUUAAAUUAAAUUAUUAAAUUACUGUAGUGUGAUGAUCUGGGGCUUCAAGAGUUCGGAGUUAUAUAUAUGAUAAUUUUUGGAACUAAUUUAUUAUUUUGAUUACCAACAUAUCUUUGAAAAUGUAUCGUUCGGUUUUCGUUUUGGUGUUCUAUUCUGAUCACGUUUUGAACUAUUAAUGAAUGCUAGCAGGGGUGAUUAUGUUCAUGCUGCUUCGGUUUUUCAAUCGAAAAUCAUUAACUUUCAAGUCGUUUAAUUAUAUUAGUUAAGGAAUUUUACUAGAAAGUGAUUAUGUCAGCAUACGUCUUAUUA